UUUUAUUUGCUUUGGUCGCUUGUUCAUGUGACAAAAUAGGACACAGAGCUUCCAUAUUUGCGUUUUUCAAUCAAAUAGUAAAACAACAUGCAUUUUAUACUAACCACCUUAGUGAGUAGUCUGCUCAUGGUACGGUGGGUACAGCCUGUGACAGGCAUGAAGAUAGUGGUCAACUCCUCUGUGCCAGUGGGAGAACUCAAACACUUUUGGAAAUCAACUGGAUUUUGCCCUCCACUUCCACAUCAGGAUGCAUACAAGUUUGAUCUCAGCAAUGAUAUGACACAGAACUUGGCACUGAUUGGUACAGUACCUCAUGGUGGUAUCAAACAAGUGCGAAUCCACUGGCUGUUUGAUCUUGUGACAGUCAUCAGUAACGAGCCAUUUAAACCACAUGUGUAUAAUUUUACUUUACUGGACAAUAUGAUGGACCUGCUGUACCAGAAUGGACUCAAACCAGGCUUUGAGCUGAUGGGUAAUCCGUCAAACAUAUUCACAAACUUUGAGGAGAAAUCCUUGGUGAUGAACUGGAAAGAUCUGGUUACUAAGACAGCCCAGAGAUAUGUAGAUCAAUAUGGACUAGGUUAUGUGGUUGACUGGAAUUUUGAAACCUGGAAUGAACCUGACUGUCAUGACUUCGAUGCCUUGAAUAUGACAGUUCAAGGUUUUCUCAAUUACUAUGACGCCUGCUCAGAAGGACUGAAAGCUGUAUCAGAUCAGCUGAGGUUGGGAGGCCCUGGUGAUGGAUGCCGAAGGUCCUUAUACUCGGACGCACUUCUUGAUCAUGUUGUAAAUGGGAUCAAUUAUUUUACUGGAGAAAGAGGCGUCAGAAUUGAUUUCUUGGCCUAUCAUAAAAAGGGAAGUGGAUCAUCGGACAUAAUACUGAAUGAUGAAAUAUCUUUGAUGAAAAAUAUUUCAAAGAAAUAUCCCUCAUUGGCUAACAAACCAUUUUACAAUGAUGAAGCUGACCCACUUGUAGGUUGGUCCAAAGACGAGCAAUGGAGAGCUGACUCUACAUAUGCUGCUAUGGUUGCUAAGAUAGUUGUUCAACAUCAGAAUCACUUUAUAUCCAACCCUUCACCAGAAAUCAAGAACUACACAUUGCUAAGCAACGACAAUGGUUUCCUGAGCUGGUACCCACAUCAGUUUACCCAGCGUACAUUGCUGGCACGGUUCCAGAUAAAUACUACAGAACCACCUCAUACACACUUCUUCCAGAAACCUGUGUUUUCUGUGAUGGGUUUACUGUCCCUUCUUGGAGAAAAGCAAAUUCAGACGUCGAUAUCAGAUGAUAGUGGAAGGCUUGUGUCAGAUGAUGGAGAGUUUGGGGUUUUAUCAAGUGUACAUAACCCAGCUUUCAAAGGCACUUCUGAUAGCUGGCAGAUAGCAUCCCUGAUUUACUUUAGUAAUGACACAGGACCUCAGAAGGGCAGCACACAUGUUGAUGUGUAUAUGGAUAUCAACCCCCCGUCUGGGGCUUCUCAAGAGAUGGUAUUGGUCAGUUGGAUACUGGACAAUACCUUUGGUAACCCAUAUGCCAUCUGGGAACAGUAUGGAAAGCCCGAUUACCCAACUUUAGAACAGAUGACUUUAAUGAGAGGAAUAGAGGGAGCUAAAGCAUUGUUUAACAUUACUGUGGAAACCGGGUACCAAUACUUGGGAAAGUUCUUCUUGCAGGAGCCAGCAGUGCUGUUAGUACAUGUAUGUUCUAAACCUUCAUACCAACCAGACCAGCCUAACAAUGUGAAUGUUUACAAUAUAACAGCUGGUCAGGUCCUAAUAACAUGGUCAGAUAAUUGUGUAAACUCAAGGUGUGUUCUCACAUAUGAUAUUCAGUACUCCAUAACAGAUGACGAGGGAUCUUACAUUUCCAUUGUGCCAGAAGAAAGACGAAAAUUAGCUACCUCAUUUGUGUACACUCCAUCUCCUAAGAAAGGGAUAUCACCAGAUGAUCAGGUGGUAGGAUUUUACAAAGUUAGAGCAAUUGAUUACUUCAUAAACUACAGUGAGUUCUCCUUGCCCACACGAUAUCCAGACUCUUAGUGAAUAGCAUUCCUGCUGUACAGAUAUGCAGCAAGUUCUCCUUGCCCACACAAUACCCAGACUCUUGGUGAAUAGCAUUCCUACUGUACAGAUAUGCAAUGGAAUUUAGAAAUUUGUUGGCUAUUCUGUCAGUGACCGAAAACACAUUUUUUCUGAAACAGAAAAACAUUAGUUUAUGACGAUAGCCACUAGCAUGCAUACAUAAAGCAAUAGUUUUAAUAUAGGCUGAUAAAUUUCUUGUUACCACUAGCUGACAGAACUGAAAUGCAAGUUAAUUGUUCAUACCUCUAACUCCUGAAGAUAUUGUUUUCAUUGUGAAAUGUAAGGGCUAUUUUACUGCAAUGGAGUUCAACAAGCUUUUGGAAUAAUCGGCAAAAAAGAAGCUCAGAUAUGAAAUAUGUUUCUGUUAAAAGAUUAGAAAAUAUCAUUUGAGCCGUGCCAUGAGAAAACCAAUAUAGUGGCUUUGCAACCAGCAUGGAUCCAGACCAGCCUGCGCAUCUGCACAGUCUGGUCAGGAUCCGUGCUGUUCGCAUUCAAAGCCUGUUGGAAUUAGAGAAACUGUUAGCGAACAGCAUGGAUCCUGACCAGUCUGCGCGAAUGCGCAGGCUGGUCUGGAUCCAUCUUGGUCGCAAAGCCACUAUGAUGGUUUUCUCAUGGCGCGGCUCAUUUGUAACCUAGAUUUACACUUAGUGCUUGAACUUAUUCAUGUGAGAAGCAAAAUUAUAAAAAUCAACUAGCCUAACUGGAUAAAUGAAUAAACACUUCUUGUGUAUACCAGAAAUUAAUACUGCAUUCAAUUUAAUAAUUGACUAUUUUACUGCUGUUUUACUUAAAGAAAUGAUAAUAAUUACCAGGUAUGUACCUUAUGUUUUGACUGUAUAUCUGUUUUUGAGAAUUUUCCUUGGUGCUGCAUAUUCGUGAUAUUCUGUGAUAAAAUAUUAGAUGUGCAAUAUAUGUAUAUACUAUGUAAGUUCUAAUUUUGCUAAUAAACUUUAGAUACUUUAUAUUAUAUAAAUUCUAAUUUUGCUAAUAAAAUUAAAAAAAUUC